AUGCUCCGGACGACUCCUCUCCUCCGUCAACUCCCUGCCACGGUGCAGACCACCCGGACCGCCGCCGCCUCGCUCACCCCCCUCGCCCGGAAACAACAGUCAAAUCAGCAGCAAGUGCGAUGCGCGCACGCUAUUUCCAACCCAACCCUCGCGAACAUUGAGAAGAGAUGGGAGGCCAUGCCUCCUCAGGAGCAGGCCGAUCUGUGGAUGGCUCUGAGAGAUCGCAUGAAGGUCGACUGGAACGAGCUUACGCUGCAGGAGAAGAGAGCUGCUUACUGGAUUGCGUUCGGCCCACACGGCCCUCGCGCCCAGACUCCUCCCGGUGAGGGCACCAAGGUCUUCCUCUACACCAUGGUUGGCGUUAUCGCAGCUGGCGCUAUCUUCGGCUUCACUCGCUACUUCGCACGACCUCCACCACGAUCAAUGAACAAGGAAUGGCAAGAGGCCACCAACGAAUACAUGAAGGAGAACAAGAUCGAGCCCAUCAGCUUCGUCGGCGGCGAGGACUACAAGGGACCAGGUGCCGUCCAGAGCGGUCCCAAGCCCAAGGAGUAG